UUAAAAGCUAUUCAUGUAUAUUCGACGCUCUUAUGUUGUGGUCAGCAGAAUGCUACGGCAACUCCACCUGGACAAACGACAUUGUAUUUUCUAUAUUUACAUCGUCAAAAUAGGCUGGGAGUCAAAACUCGUAUUUACGUAUUUACUCUUAAGUCGCUAUCUUUGCCACGUAGCGGAAGAGGAGUGACUAAAUUGAAAUAAUGUGGCACAUAUUACUCUAGAAAAUAGGAAACAGAAGGAAGUGGGCGGGAUUUCCGGUAAUCGAAUUGGGACAACCCUUUUUUGAGACUUUCCUUAGUGGAUUGCACAGUACAGCUGAAUUGUACAUAUUCCGUACAAUUGACCACUAAAUGGAGAAACAAGCAGUAAAGCUUGCAGGGCAAAAAGCGCUGGAUGACUGAGUCUUUGCUCGCCAAAAAUGAAGGUCCUACAAAAAGACGAGAUCAAGAUUGCUGAGAGUAUUCUACGAAAAGACCUACCCAAGAGUUUUCAGGUCUAUGGAUUAUUAUAUGCUUACAACAGGAACAAACCUAGCAAUCUAAUGUUCAUUGUUGAUACAUGGCCUGAUUUUAAGGUCAUCAUUUGCCGACCUGACCCUGAGAAUAAUCUAGCCUUGGAAUUGGCCAAAAAGAUAACAUUUUAUUGCAAGGAUGAGCAGAUUUUGAAGAAAAUGUUAUUAAAGGACGAAGUAGUUGACUGGAGCAGUUAUUUUAUUGUUGGAGGCAUUGACAGCAUUCAUACCCUCACGCUCAAAGAGGUUGCAUCUAACAGACAAGUCAGCUACAAACCUAUGGUGUCUGCACAUCUUCUGUAUUUGCCAGACCAUAGCUCUCUGAUCACGCCAGUAUUUGACAGUGCCCUUGAAUCAAGGGUUUCACCUCUCAGUCCUUCCCAUGUUGACCUGGUGAAUCAAACCUGGAAGUUUGGAGGAGAUGAACACGGAUACAACAAAAUUAAAGUCCAGGUCAGCAACAUGCCUUCAUGCUGCAUCACUGAUGAUCAGGGUCGGCCUGUAUCAUGGAUACUUUUGUAUGAGUACAUGGCAAUGGGCAUGUUGUAUACUCUGCCCGAGCACAGACGAAAAGGGUAUGCCAAAGUGUUGGUCUAUACCAUGGCCCAGACACUCCUUAAUCAGGGUUACCCAGUGUUCUGCUUCAUUGAGGAGGAAAACACGGUCUCCUAUAAGCUUUUUAAAAGCCUUGGCUUUAUUGAGGAUCCCUCAUACAGAAUACUCUGGGCUCAGUUGAACUUGUGAUGUUGAAAAGCGGCAAAAUUGUCUGCACCAAGGGUGACUUAAAUUAGAUUAAUCUGAAUUUGUCAACCAAAGUGCCAACAUCUUCCCCAGUCAGCACUCAUUAAUGUGUUUUAUCUACUAUAAUAAAUACACUGAUUAAAUGCAUGCACCUGGGAAUAGGUUGAUUGGCAACACUAAAUUGGCCCGAGUGUGUGAAUGUUGUCUGUCUAUCUGCGUUGGCUCUGCGAUGAGCUGGCGACAUGUCCAGGGUGUACCACGCCUUCCGCCUGAAUGCAACUGCGUAAGGCUCCAACACCCCCGUUAUCCCAAGAGGGACAAGCUUUAGAAAAUCGAUGGACGGAUGGAUGGAUGAAAAAGCCCCGCCCUGAACAUAGCCACACGCUACCUAGUGGCAACAGGAAUCACUUUUGGCACAUGUAAUAAUUGCAAUAUAAGGUAGUUCUUCACAGCCCAAACGUGGCAGUUACAGACUACAUAAAGUACACGAUAAAUUCAACCAUGACUUCAAGUUAUUUUGUUCAGCUUGUGGUAACCCCCUUGAGACUGGGCUAAGCUCCUUUAUAUAAUUGUAUUCACCUGUUCCACUUUAUGGUUAUUAUAUUGAGAUCACCAGUAUAACUUCACCAAUAACAAUAAAAUACACGUGUAAUUUAUAUAUUAUCGAGACAUACUAAUAUAGGUAUGAUAUAUGUUUAUUGUACUUUGAGCAUUAAUAUUUUCUUACUACACUUUCACUUGUAUGCAUGUAACAUUGUAUCAGCAUGAUUUAAAGGCAAUCCUUUGUAACCCAAAUAAUCCAUCUGUGUGAUCAAUAUACAAAUAAACUUGAAGCAUUUUGAUUACUCUUCUUUUUUUGCAUUACAUUUACAGCUUUAGCUAUUGAAACAUGGUGUACUUAAAAUUAAACUACCCAAAGUCCUGAUAUGAAGAACACC